AUGUUUGUCGAUGUGCGGGAGAAGUUGCACCAAUUUUGGGACACAAGAAUGCAUUUCUUAGAACUGCAUUAUACCUAUAUCGCCCUCAUUAUCUUUGUUUCAUCUGCAUUUUACUACUUUGAGCCUGGCACCAGCUGGGCAUACAUAGAUGUAUUAUUCACAACAACUACAGCAUGUACAAACACCGGCCUUAACGUCGUCCCAAUGUCAUCAAUGGGUACUUACAAAAGCCUUCUCAUGUUUUUCAAUUCUUUCAUUGGAUCGCAUAUAUUCAUCUCUAUCGUCGUCGUCCAUGUUCGGAAAUAUUACUUCUCCAAACGCUUCGAGGAUACCCUUAUAUUCAACAAGGCCCGACGGCUAAGAGAGGAACACCGCCGUCAGAUGGCAUUGGAUCGGCAGAAAAAACAUCAAAACGAAAACGACGACACCCCAAUAAGUAUAGAAUCACCUCAAGCAAUAUACCCAACCCAAACCGAUACUGUAAGCCAACUAUCUGAACCUAGACAUCCUUAUGAUCCAACCCCUCAAUUAAGUGCCGAUUCUCACAACUGCUCUGAACAUUCGCCCUCACCUACAAUGCCUGAAGACGAUACACAACAUUCUGAUCACCUCCGCCGUGUUACCAGUGUCGAAGACGCGACCGAGAUUACGGAGCCCCAGACGGUAUCUGGUCCGCAGGGCAUUGCCUUUGCAGAUAAUAUUAUUCGCCAGCGAGAGAAUGCCAGAAUGCGUUUGGAGAAAACACGCCGGAUCGAACAAGUAUUGAAGAAGAUGGCUGAUGAGACAUACACCGUUCAUGACAGCAAUUCAGAAACCGAUAACCAAGACGCCGAUCACUAUGAUGAUAUCAUGCGCCAGCCAAUCGAUAAAAGCCAACUGACACGAGAACAACGUUAUACUCUUGGAGGUGUUGAAUACAGAGCCCUUGACAUGCUUUCUAAGCUCGUGCCAAUAUACUACAUUGGCAUCAUUGCUUUUUUCGCUUUUCUUUAUCGUAUAGAAGCUGCCGCAUCUUCAUAUACCACUGCAGUUCUCCAGACGUCUAAUACGAACGGACCUGUCAAUCCUUGGUUUUACUCCUUCUUUCUAAGCAUCUCAGCUUUCAAUAAUCUAGGUCUCUCCUUGCUCGACGAUAGCAUGUCACCUUUUCGUAACUCACCUGCACCACUUAUAUUCGCUAUCAUAUUAAUUCUUGUUGGAAACACAGCGUAUGCUAUUAUUCUACGCUUCAUAAUAUGGUGCCUCUACAAACUUACUCCAGAAUCUCGAUCACUUCGAAGAGAAACUUUUCGGUUUCUUCUUGAACACCCUCGUCGAUGUUAUACCACUCUUUUUCCAGCCACACAAACUUGGUGGUUACUCAUCAUUCUUGUUGGUAUUACUUUAAUUGAAGUAGUGGCCUUUUUGUCGCUCAAUUACUGGCUCCCUGUUCUCGAGGGCAUUGAAUGGGGAUCUCGAAUUCUUGACGGUGUUUUCCAGUCGGUAGCAACCCGUAAUGCUGGAUUUAGUGUCUUGAGUUUGGCAGACAUCAAUCCAGGAACCCAGCUUGUUUAUAUUGUUGCAAUGUACAUUAGUGUCUACCCCGUAGCUAUUUCGAUGCGUAACAGUAAUAUCUAUCAGGAACGCGCACUCGGCAUCUAUCGAGGCGAUAAUGAUGAAGAAAAAGUCGAGUUUAGUGAUCAAGAUCUUAAUGGACCUGCACCUUUCAUCAAACUGCGUCGUCACCCUACAAUUUCGAGUGUAAUGACUGCCUCACGAAAGGUCUUACGAGGUCCAGAUUUCUUUGUUAUUACUCAAAUCCAACGCCAGUUGACGAGCGAUAUUUGCUGGGUUAUUUGUGGUGUAUUCACAAUCUGUGUAAUCGAAUCGCAAGCCAUCAUGUCCCCAUCUCCAAUCACUAUUGCAACCGUCAUUUACGAAUGUGUCUCGGCCUUUGGUAAUGUCGGCGCCUCUACUGGCUAUCCUGGUACCACAACAUCCCAAGCCGGUCAGUACCGUACCCUAAGUAAAUUGGUUUUGAUUGCACUCAUGUAUCGUGGCAGACAUCGAGGUUUGCCUGCAUCAAUCGAUCGAGCCGUUUUACUACCUUCUGAACAACUAGAAGAAUUUGAGCAGAAUGAUAUGGAAGACAAGAUCACUCGAAGACGCAAUACUUCAACUUCUCAAUCCAACGGCCCUAGUCUCUUGGUAUACAAUCGGUCCAGUACACUCUAG